UCUCACAGUGAGGCCAGAAAGGAAGUGAAACACGAUAAGUAAACAUUUAGGAAAAUCGAACUAUGAACCAAGUAAAUGACACCAUUAGGGAAAUAAAUAAUAUAUAAAGGGCCUGGGAAGCGAGGAGGCAGGAUAUAAGGACGGGGGUGAAGGCCCAAGGGCUGCAGGUGCUAUCUCCACCGCUACCCCACCACCGCCGCCCCCUUCCUCCCCCUGACCCUAAACUAUCAUGCCGCGCUACCUGCAGCCAGAGGAGGCCACGGCUCGUGACCUGGAGAGAGGCAAGGCAGUGCGCAGGUUCUCUCACCGGCACCGGCCUGAGCAUGGCACACUCAAGAUCCGGAGAGAAACUGGCCACAUCAUCUGGGUUGGAGCACAGGGUGUCAGGGAAGUUAUCACUUCCCUGGCGGACAUCAAGGAGGUGCGACCAGGGAAAGGCUCCAAGGACUUUGAGAAGUGGCAGGAGGAGGCCAGGAGGGAGGAGAGAGCCAAGUGUUUCAUUGUCUUCUACGGGAAAGAGUUCAAGCUCAGAACGCUCUCCAUUGCAGCGAUCGCUCCUGAUGAAUGUACAGAAUGGAUCAACGGGCUGAAAUACCUCAAGGAAGAGGCCCUCAAUGUGCCCUAUACUAUAAGACUAGAGCGGACACUUCGCACAGAGUUCUACAACAUGGAGAACCAAAACAACAGAAUAACCUUCCGUGAUGUGAGGAACUUCCUGCCACGCAUCCACUACAAGAUGACCAACAACCAGCUCAAGCAGCUCUUUGAUCAGGUGGACGACCGCAGCCAGGGGGAGAUUGGCUUUGACCAGUUCUUCGACCUCGUCAAGAAGAUUGCCUGGGACAAGGAUGUUGAUAGGAUGAUGUUCGAGAAUGCACGGGAUGUCGGGGAGAAGUCGCUGCUGGACAAGUACUGCUGUGAGGGGAAGGUAUCGCUGCAGGACUUCCAGUUGUUCCUGGUAGAGGAGCAGAAGGAGCCAGAGGACAUGGCAGGCCUUAUCAUCAAGAACUUCAUCAGUGAUGUGCAGAGGGACAUCAUGGAGCCUUACUUCCACGUGGAGGAGUUUGUACAGUACUUAUUCUCCAAGUCAAAUGAGCUUUGGGACCGUCGCAAUGACAGCGUGAACCAGGACAUGACAAAGUCCAUGUCACAGUACUGGAUCGCCUCGUCACACAACACGUACUUAACGGGUGACCAGGUAGCCAGUGACUCCUCAACAGAAGCCUAUGCGAGGGUGCUACGUCAAGGAUGCCGGUGCAUUGAGCUAGACUGUUGGGAUGGGCCGGAUGGAGUGCCCAACAUCUACCAUGGCUUCACACUCACGAGCAAGAUUAGCUUCAAGGAUGUUAUUAACACUAUCAAUGAGCAUGCCUUUGUGGCCUCUGAAUACCCUGUGAUACUCUCCAUAGAGCAGCACUGCAGCAUGAUACAGCAGAAGGAAAUGGCCGAGCUGUUCCAAAAAGUGUUUGGCGAUUCACUCUUAACUGCUCCUUUAAGCCCUAAUGAAAAGGAGAUGCCGUCCCCAGAGCAGUUAAAGCGCAAGAUCAUCAUUAAGCAUAAGAAGCUUCCAGAGGGCAUGGAUGAGGCUACCCCUCCCAUCUGCAGUGCAAAUGACUCUAGUGCUCAGUCUAGCAAUGAGGAGUUUGGAGGAGAGAUGGACCUGAGCAAGUUGAGCUUCAAAGGUGAUCGCCUCUACCUCAGGAACCCAGUGGACCAGACUGCCUGGCAACCCCACUUCUUCGCCCUCACCCAGGACCGUCUCCACUUCACUGAGCUGCAAAAUGAGGAACCAGAGUCCGAGGACCAGCACAGCGGCCGUAGGAUGCUCAAUGAUGUAAGCGAGGAAGAGUGGCACCUGCAUGAACCCUGGUAUCAUGGGCGUCUGCCAGGUGGAAGGGCAAAAGCAGAAGAGCUAGUCCACCAAAACAGCCAUCUCGGAGACGGGACUUUCCUAGUGCGCUUUUCUGAAAACUUUGUUGGGGAUCACACCCUCACAUUUUGGUACAGAGGCAAAGUUAGUCACUGCCGCAUUCGUGUCCGACAGGAAGGUGACAACACCAGGUACUGGCUCAAAGACAAUGACUCCUUUGACACACUUUAUGGGCUGAUUGAACACUACAAGCACUACCCCAUAUUGUCACAGGAAGUAUCGGUAAAGCUGGGAGAAGCUGUACCUCAGCCCAAUAGCCAUGAGCGCAUGGAGUGGUACCAUGCUAACAUGACUAGAGAUGAGGCAGAGCAGUACCUUGGGAGGAUACCUGAGGAUGGGGCCUUUUUGGUGCGACCAAGUGGGGAGGCAGGGAGCAUAGCCAUAUCAUUCAAAGCAGAGAGACGGACAAAGCACUGCAGAGUAAAGCAAGAGGAUGGUACAUUCAUCAUAGGCACAGCAACCUUUGACAGCUUGGUGGAGCUGAUUAAGUACUAUGAGCGGAAUUUCCUCUUUCGCCGGGUCAAGUUGCGGUAUCCAGUGACGGAGCGUGUAAUCCAAGGUCUCCAAGAUAUGGAUCCUGUUGAUGGCACUGGAGGUUACGUAGUGGAUCCUGCCUACGUUAGCAACAUCCAUGUAAAGGCCAAGUACUCUUACCGUGCCAACAAGGACGACGAGCUGACCUUCCCACGCCAUGCCAUCAUCCAGAAUGUGAUAAAGGCAGAAAAGGAGUGGUGGACGGGGGACUAUGGGGGACGGAGGCAGCACUGGUUCCCAGCUAUCUUCGUGGAGGAGAUUGAGCCAGAGAAUAUGGAGGAGAGAGGAGGAGACAACCAAGUCCUGGGCAGCCUGCAGAAGGGGAGCAUUGACAUCUCAAGGGCCGGAACCAAGAUUGAGAAAGUCACAGGAACCAACCGCUGGGGCAUUGUGUCCAUUAUAAAACUGACUACACAAACAGGCCAGGUGGUGGAGCUGGCCUGCACCUCAGAGCAGCAAGCACAAGAGUGGGUUAAAAAGAUUGAGAGCGUCUCCUCACCAGCAGCUGUGAACCAGACCAGACAGACGAGGAAACCAGAGCAGCGCAUCAAGCAGGAGAUGAGCAAUUUGGUAGUUUACUUCCGAGCAGUGCGGUGUGACCCCAGCAAGCAGUUUGUUUACGGGGGCACACACAAUGAGGUCUCGUCCUUCCCUGAGAACAGGAUGGAGAGCCUCAUGCUCAGCUGCCCUAAAGGAUUGCUCAAGUUCCAUAAGGUCGGCUUCAGCCGUGUGUACCCCAAGUCAUCACGGUUGGACUCCACCAACUACAACCCGGUACCCAUGUGGAACCAUGGAUGCCAGAUGGUCUGUCUCAACUACCAGACAGGAGAUAAACCCAUGCAGCUAAAUGAGGGGCGGCAAUGGCAAAAUGGCUAUAUGCAGAAUGGCAAAUGUGGCUAUAUCUUGCGACCAGAAUUCCAGAACAACCCUGACUAUGACCCAGGCAACCCCCUCACCCUGCCCAACCCUAGACCACUGAACCUCUCCAUAAAGAUAUUUGGUGCACGGCACCUGAGCAAGUCCGGCAAGGGCUUCAUUUCACCCCUGGUUGAGGUAGAGAUUAUAGGCUGUGAGUACGACAACGCUCCGAAGUACACCACCAGAGCUGUCCAUGACAAUGGACUCAACCCAGUGUGGGGCGUGAAGCUGAUGUUCUCAGUGCACAACCCAGAAUGUGCACUCAUCCGUUUUGUGCUGUAUGAUGAGGACAUGUUUGGAGAGCCAAACCAGAUUGGCCAGGCAACGUACCCGGUGACGUGUAUACGUGAAGGUUAUCGCAGUGUUCCCCUGAAGAAUGGAUACUCUGAGGAAAUCGAGCUUGCAUCACUCCUCGUGCACAUGAAGAUCACAAGAGAGGGCUUGGAUGAGCAGAUGAUCCUCCUUUACCGCAAGCAGAUGAUUACGAUGCUGGAUGAAGCGAGGGAGAAAAACAAUCUUGAAAUGGUGGCUAACCUGGAAGACAGAAUCCAAAGACUGGAGCAGGAGAUCUUGCAGCAUGGAGAACAGUACUUCUUCCUUGACCCAAGAUCAAGGAGAUGGACGUUCUACGAGUACUUAAAUGAGGUGCUAGAAAAGAGGUGUUGCUCUCAGUCACAGCAACAAAUAAUUUUGGAGGAUAAUGUCCUUUUAGCAAAGAAAAGCAACAUCACCAAGAUGUGUUAA